CAGCACAGCCCAUCCACCGAUGAUGGGUGUCUCAGGGAUACCGGGCAGCCCGACCACGGAGAAGCUGCGGCGCGAUGGCUUUUCGCUCAGCCCUCUCAUGGGAACCUCAAGACUGGACCACUGGGAAAGGGACCACAGUAAGAGCGGUCACCAAAAGUAUCAACCCUUCAAGUCUGCCAAAGGCAGCGGCGUUCACUGGAGUACUCCGGAACGCAAAUGGGAGAAGAUGUCCAGCGCCAAGGGCAAGAACGGCUCCGCGCCCGGCUCCAACAACAACAACAAUAACAACAACAACGGCACCGGCAGCAACACGGGCGGCCAGAAACAAGAUAAUACCAACAACAACCAGGACAACAGCAACGACAACAGCAACUGGGGCGCGCAAGACGGUAACAACAACGACAACAACAACAACUGGCAAGGCGGAGACACCGCCGAACCACAGCCCUCCUCCCCCAACAUUCACCCCACAUCGACCGUGAGCAUGCCCGGCAGCUGGAAGAACUCCCCUCCACACCAGAGCAGCGACUGGCGGGACUUCACCGCGGCGCAGGGAACUCAGAAUUGGUAAGGGCGGCGCAAAAGCGGGGUGGAUUGGUCAUGUCUGCCCAUCGCCAUGCCUCUGGAGGUCCGGCUGCCCUUCCGCUGCAGCGUGGGCAAGUGGGCAAGCAA